CGAGUCAGGAGAUUUCGCUUACCAACCGUACUUUAUAUCAAGAAACUUUAGUUUCUAGGAAUUGAAAACAGUUUUGUACCGCAAAUUGUGACUAUCUUGUAAGUACGCAUUUCCUUUGUGUGACAAAAACAUGGCUGACGCACAUUCAGAGCGCUUUGAUGGAAUGUUGCUAGCGAUUGCACAGCAGUGCGAAGGAGGAAUUGCUGAGUUGUUAGAUGUAUUCUUUGGAUUUCUGGAAAGAAAGACAGACUUUUUUAUUGGAGCUGGAAAAGCAGAUGCAGAGAAAAUAGUUUUAAGCAAGUUUAAAGAGCAUCAGAAAAAAGUUGAAGAGAGAAAGGAAAAAGAAAGAAAAGAAGCUGAGGCUUUGAAAGCAGCAAAGGCUAAAAAGGAAGCUAAAGAAAAACCAGAAGCUAAGAUACAAGAAGUGACAGAGGAAGAAGCAGAGAAAAUAAAGAAAGAAGAAGCAAAAAGGAAAGAGAAGGAACAAAAAGAAACGGAAAACAAAAAAACAGAUAGCGAUAAAAACAAUGAAAAUGGAGAGGCUGCCAAAGAUGACGAAGCAGAUGAUGAAGAAGAUGAAGAUGCAAAAGGAAAAAUGAAACCAAACUCUGGUAAUGGAGCUGAUCUUCAGAAAUAUAAAUGGAUACAAACAUUAUCAGAAGUGGAGGUCAGGAUUCCUUUGGAAGUCAAUUUUAAAGUAAAAGGUAGAGAUGUAGUGGUGGACAUACAACAGAGUCAUUUAAAGGUUGGUUUGAAAGGACACCCUCUCAUCAUUGAUGGGGACUUUCCAAAGAAGGUUAAAACUGAAGAGUGUUCAUGGGUGUUGCAGGAUCAGAAAGAUGUUGUUAUCUCACUUGAAAAAGUUAAUAAGAUGGAGUGGUGGUCUCAACUGCUGACAACAGAUCCAGAGAUCAACACUAAAAAAGUUCAACCAGAAAAUUCAAAGCUUGGUGAUUUAGAUGAUGAGACACGAGGAAUGGUAGAAAAAAUGAUGUUUGACCAAAGACAAAAAGCUAUGGGAUUACCCACCUCCGAAGAACAGAAGAAGCAAGAUGUUCUUAAAAAGUGAGUUAGUUUUUUACUAGUAGAAGCAUGCUACAGUAAAGCAUUGUAGAUGUAACUUCCCUUCGUCGGUAUUAUUUCGUCUUUACUUUUGGUACAUGGUAGAUAUAUCUUGCUUUAAGAAUGCUCGCAGGUUGUCAGUUUGUUAGUUUAUUUAUUACUAGAAGAAGCAUACUAAACCAUUGUGGGCCUAUUUACAUUGUAAUUACGGAAAUACCAGCCUGUGAGAAGGUUAUCCACUCAGGAAAAUUAAGGAAAUGUCAGGAGAAAUUUUUUGUCUUCAAACCACAUUCCUCCAUCUGUAUUUAACAAUUAUUCCACGAGCGCGCGUUGGAUAUGAGAUGGUAGUUAGCCAAUGAGACGCGUAGAGCCGAGUUGGCUAUAAUCAUUUCAUAUCCAACAAGUGCAAGUGGAGCAAUUGCUUCAUAAAAAACGCUCCCAAGUAUAAAAACUAAACUAAGAUUAAGAUAAAAACGUCCGAAAAAAAAAUCACCUGUACCCUUACAUAUUUGUGGAGCACGGUAUAAUAGCCCAUAGCCCAUGAUGGCUAAGCCAAUGAAAACUCUCAAAUUGCAUUAUCCAAUGAUCCAGUUUUUAAUAAUGUUUAUUAUCUUGUCUUUACUUCUG